AUGUGUCAACAGCAUGGCGAUACAAGUCAGCAGCAACCAAGGGCAGCAGACGCCUACGGAUCUAGCCGGUCUGAUGAGACUAUCCCAAAGGAUCCCUUCCCGUGGGACGUGGGAGUCUUUGACGCCCACUGCCAUCCUACGGAUACCAUGGCACUAGUCUCGUCGAUACCAGACAUGAAGGCCCGUGCCCUUACAGUCAUGUCCACGAGAUCUCAAGACCAAAACCUAGUACACGAUCUCGCUCUGGAACAGGGCGUGGAGGCACCGGGAGCUAUUUUUUCAACCGAGGACAUGAGCAGCCACCACAGACGGGUGAUUCCGUCAUUUGGCUGGCAUCCAUGGUUCUCGUACCAAAUAUACGAUGACAAAGCAUCCGAGCCGACGUAUGAUGGGACAGCAGAGGGCAAGGCGGCACACUAUGACAAGAUCCUGUCACCUGCCCCUUCGUCCCAGUCCAAGGCAUUCAGCUCGGGCCUGCAGGACCCCGUAGCACUGUCCAAGUUCAUCAGCGAGACGAGAGCUCGUCUCCAAGAACAUCCCCACGCCCUCGUGGGAGAGAUAGGUUUGGACAAGGCCUUUCGCAUCCCCGAGAGCUGGACCGUGGUAGGCGACGGCGGACGAGAUGAGACGUUGACGCCCGGGGGUCGUGAGGGCCGCCGCCUGAGCCCGCACCGCGUUAAUAUUGCGCACCAGACAAGCAUUUUAAAGGCACAGCUGCAACUUGCUGGUGAGCUCAACCGGGCCGUUAGUGUCCAUGGCGUUCAAGUGCAUGGCGGCGUAUACAACGCCAUCUCUGAUUGCUGGAAAGGUUACGAGAAAGAAGUCUUGUCACGUCGCGAGCAGAGGAAGAUAGCCCCCCAUGCUCACGACUUGGAAGAUGACAGUAGUAGCGACUCUAACGCUCAACCCGACGUGAAGCCGAGCGGCAUCCGCAAAGGAAACACGGCAGGUAAACCGUUCCCGCCGCGGAUAUGUCUGCACUCGUACAGCGGGCCCGUAAAUAUCAUGAACCAAUAUCUUCACAAGACGGUGCCCUCCAAGGUCUUCUUUUCCUUCUCAACGGCCAUCAACUUUGAUCCCGAGGGUGGUGAAAAAAACCAAAAGACUGAGGAGGCGAUUCGGGCAUGUCCCGAUAAUAGAGUCUUGGUUGAGAGCGAUCUGCACGUGGCCGGUGAUAGCAUGGAUGGGGCCCUCGAGUCCAUCUGUCGCAAAGUUUGCGAACUCAAGGGCUGGCCUUUGAGGGAAGGGGUCGAGCAGCUCGCUCGAAACUACCGCGAAUUCGUUUUCGACGACUGA